AUUCAUGAAUUUUUGAUGAACUGCAAGCUAAGCCAAGUAAGGUUGACACUUUUUUACACCUACUCUCAAUCUCAAGCUUAUCCCUCUCCACCACUUGUUCUUUUCUUCUCUUUGUUGUUAUAUCCAAAACACAAACCAUAAACAACCUUCAAAGAAAGUUUCAGUUACAAGAAACAACAAGAAGAAGAAGAUGAAUAACGGUUGUGAACAAUACAGUCCUAUUGAAACACAAUACAUAAGGAGACAUCACAGACAUGAUUUAAGGGACAAUCAGUGUUCCUCUACACUUGUCAAACACAUCAAAGCCCCUGUUCACCUUGUUUGGUCUUUGGUUAGAAGAUUUGAUCAGCCACAAAAAUAUAAACCAUUUGUUAGCAGAUGUAUUAUGCAAGGUGACCUUGGCAUUGGAAGUGUUAGAGAAGUUAAUGUUAAAUCUGGUCUUCCAGCUACAACUAGUACUGAGAGAUUGGAACAACUUGAUGAUGAAGAACACAUUCUUGGUAUUAGGAUUGUUGGUGGUGACCAUAGGCUAAGGAACUAUUCUUCAAUAAUCACCGUCCAUCCGGAGGUUAUUGACGGAAGACCAGGUACCAUGGUGAUUGAAUCAUUUGUUGUGGACGUGCCUGAAGGAAACACGAAGGAUGAAACUUGUUACUUUGUGGAGGCGUUAAUCAGGUGCAACCUAAGUUCUUUAGCCGAUGUCUCGGAGAGGAUGGCUGUGCAGGGUCGAACCGAUCCUAUUCCUAUUAAUAUCAACCCAUAAUGUAUAAAGGGUGAAAUAAGUUGAGUAUCAUCAUACAAAUUAUAUGAUCCUUUGCUUUAUGAUCCCAAAUCCAAGUGUGGAGAAUGGUUGGAAUAUGAAUAUUUCCUUCCUGUGUUCCUCAGAAGUUUUGGAUGUUUAUUUUCUUCAUCUUAUCAUGAACACAUUUCCCUCAACCAUAUCCCUUCAACUUAUUUGGUUUUGUAUUCGUCUUUUGAAAAACUAAGUUUCUCUCUUAAAUAGUUUUUAAGGUUGAGAUCAUCUUCAGUCAUUGAAAAGUUCUAGCAAGAGAGAGCUAGUUUCAGUGAAUAAAAUUAUAAUUUUAUUCACUGAGUCUUUCUCUUUCCACCUAGAACUUUCAUGGCAACGCACCAGAGAGGAACUCAACUCUAGUUUUUGUAAGAUGAGAUUCUAAGCUUCACAAGCACAAAUGGAUUUGGGAGUGGGAAAAUUUAUUUUUUUACUUGUUAAAUUUUUCUUGGAUUUUGUGGAUGAUGUGUUAUUGAAGUUAUUUGUAAAUACUGUUGGAAAAAGACAAGUUAUGGAGUCUUAUAUGUUUUUUGUUUA